GGAAGAGGGAGAAGAGGAGGCGUGGCUGUUGGGGCGUUAGAAGGCCGGCAGCAGUUGCGGGGGCCGGGAUUUUGAGCCCGAGGCGUUGGAAUCUUCGCGCCCCCCCCCCGUCUCUCCAACGUUCUCUGGCCUCUCCCCGCCUUUCCAUUGGGCGGUGGUGGACUUCAAAAGGGAUCCGCUGACUUCCGGGGUGGCCUGCCCUGCUGUCGGAUGAUGAGCGGCGAGGCCUCCUCCCCGGCGGCGCCAGCCAUGGCAUUGUAUACCUGCAUCACCUGUCGUGUGGCUUUCAAGGAUGCUGAGGUUCAGCGUACCCAUUACAAGACUGACUGGCACAGGUACAAUCUGAAGCGGAAGGUGGCAGGGAUGCCACCAGUGACAGCCGAGAACUUCCAGGAGAGGGUCCUGGCCCAAAGAGCAGGGCUGGAGGAGCAGAACAAAGCCACAGCUACGUACUGUACGGCCUGCAGCAAGCGAUUCUCCAACUUCAAUGCUUAUGAGAACCACCUGAAGUCCAAGAAGCACUUAGAGCUUGAAAAGAGAGCUGUCCAGGCUGUCAGCAAAAAAGUGGAACUCCUGAAUGAGAAGAACUUGGAGAAGGGCCUUGCUGAGGAGAGCGUGGACAAAGAUGCCAUGAAUGCCGCUAUCCGGCAAGCCAUUCGGGCUCAGCCAUCCUCAUCUCCAAAGAAGGUUUCCUCAUCCUCUGUUGGCACCUGUGGAUCUUCGGUUGCUGCAGAAAGUAGCCGUUCAGCCCAAAGCAGAGAACAUGUAGAAAAAGCACCCCGACUUCAGUGGUUUGAAGAGCAAGCCAAGAAGCUGGCGAAAGAGCAAUCUGAGGAUGAAGAGGAAGGGGACGACAUGGAGGAAGGUUGGGAGGAUGUCGACUCAGAUGAAGAGCUGGAGUCUGAAGAAGUGGAGAUGGAAGGAAUACCAGAUGGACCAAGCGACAGUGGAUCUGAUGCAAUUCCAGUGACAGACUGCUUAUUCUGUUCCCACCAUUCAAGCUGUCUCAUGAAGAGUGUUGCCCACAUGACGAAAGUCCACAGUUUCUUUAUUCCAGAUAUAGAAUAUCUUGUAGAUCUCAGAGGGCUGAUUAAGUAUUUAGGAGAGAAGGUUGGCGUUGGGAAGAUCUGCUUGUGGUGCAAUGAGAAAGGGAAAUCCUUUUACUCGACCGAAGCGGUCCAGGCACACAUGAAUGACAAAAGCCACUGCAAGCUCUUCACAGAGGGAGAUGCAGCCCUGGAGUUUGCUGACUUCUAUGAUUUCAGGAGCACUUACCCUGACUAUCAGAAAGGAGAGGAGGACGUGGAGAUGUCUGAUGAAGUGCCAUCACAUAAAAAUUUGGAAUAUGAUGAUGAAUCUAUGGAGUUGAUUUUACCUUCUGGUGCCAGGAUUGGUCACCGUUCUCUGAUGAGAUACUACAAGCAGCGAUUUGGCACUGUGCGAACAGUAGCAGUUUCAAAAAAUAAACAGGCAGUGGGCAGAGUGUUGCAGCAAUAUAAAGCCCUUGGAUGGACAAGCAGCACAGGAGCAGCGCUGGCUCGUGAGCGGGACAUGCAGUACCUCCAGAGGAUGAAAGCAAAGUGGAUGCUGAAGACGGGCAUGCAGAAUAAUGCUACAAAGCAGACACACUUCCGCAUGCAAGUCAAGUUCUGAGAGUGUCUAAAGGUACCUUAAAGCUUGACCUUGCCUUUUCCCCCUGGGGAGGCAAAGGGAAGGCCCAGUAACCAAAUAUUCUGACACUGGUUGAUCCCUUUCCCAUGGCUAUCUGUAUACUGCUGUUUCAAAAUCUUUCCCAAGGACAUCAUUUAGCCCAAUAGAAUGCUGAUAAAUCAAUAAAAGUCUAUGCAUAAAAAGCA